AACCAGGAUCGAUUAGGGUUUAGAGGAGGCCGCGAGAGACAGAGAGAGGGCGUGUGGCAGUGCCAAAGGGCUAGAUCGCAGCGCCGCCUCGAGCGCGAUGUUUCUCUUCGAUUGGUUUUACAGCGUGUUGGCCACGCUCGGGCUGUGGCAGAAGGAGGCCAAGAUUCUCUUCCUAGGUCUCGACAAUGCGGGGAAAACAACGCUUCUCCACAUGCUCAAGGACGAGAGAUUGGUACAGCACCAGCCCACCCAGUAUCCAACAUCCGAGGAGCUAAGCAUCAACAAGAUCAAAUUCAAGGCCUUCGAUCUGGGGGGUCACCAGAUCGCGCGACGCGUGUGGAAGGACUACUAUGCCAAGGUGGACGGCAUUGUUUACAUAGUUGAUGCGGCCGACCAUGAGAGAUUUCCCGAGGCGAAGAAGGAGCUGGAUGCGCUCCUCUCGGACGACUCACUAGCGCAGGUCCCGUUCGUCAUCCUUGGGAACAAGAUCGAUCUUCCAUACGCGACCUCCGAGCAGGAUCUACGCUACAAGCUUGGACUAAACAACUACACAACGGGCAAAGGCAAGGUGGAGCUGGGAGAGAAUAUGCGCCCCAUUGAGGUGUUUAUGUGCAGCGUUGUGAGGAAGAUGGGCUAUGGAGAGGCCUUCCGGUGGCUGUCGGACUAUAUCAAAUGAUGAAAAUAAAGAGUAUCAUAGAUAUUCACGGCA